AUGGAAACUCGCUCGACUGCACGGAGAUCUCGGAGCGCCAACAUCCACAACUUCAAAAGUGAGUUGACUUCAGUUCAUAGGCUAUAGGCUUGGCUCCAUCAUGAUUUUUUUUGUUUUAGACUAGAUGUUGUUGGUGGUGAUGGUGAUGUCUUAAGAUAUGAUUUACAGUGAAUCACUGUUUUAUGUAUUUUUAUUUUAUUUAUUAGGAUCCCCAUAGCUUUGCUGAAGCUGCAGGUACUCUUCCUGGAGUCCACACAAAAUUUUUAAACAUGACAUAAUACAGAACAUCAAUAGACAAGAACGUCUCAAGUACUGAACUACUCAGUUGAUUUCGUUCACAGUUAGGUGCGUAAACUGCUAGCCUGCCUGUAUGACCGUGCUUGCAUGCAUACACCUCUAGGCUACUGUAUUCACUUAUUCAAUGAAGUUGUUUAGUUCCUGAAGUACAAAUAUGGCUCUUGCAAAUAAGAUGACACUUAAAACCUCUAAUCUUUUAAGUCUCCAUCCACCUCAACAUUAUAAAGCUCAGUAGUUCAUUCGUUCAGUUGUGUACUUUUACCCAUGCACAGUUGUAGCCUACAUUUGGUAAAAACUUUGUAAAGAGAGAAAAUUAUUCAAAGCCAAAACAAGGAAUUAAGGUCAUAUUUAUUUAAUAAGCAAAAACUAAUUUGGAAAUUGUUAAUGUUGCGCACACGCGCGCACCUACUAAACAAGUCUUCUCCAGUUCCCGUGCGCGUGGAGUUAACGAGCCAUGUCGUUACCGGGUUCGGGUAAUCAAGGUGAGGACAUUGGAAAAUUUGCUGGGGAAGCUGAAUGGGCACGCGAUAAUUUUUCCAUGCGAUGUUCGCUUUGUGCCCCGUUAUCCGAGCUUGCCAAACUGCCUCUGAAUAAUCCAUGCAGAGAGAAACCGAUCCGGAUCCGGUUACCUUAUUUUACCUUGUCCAUACUCUGUAACCUCUUCAUGAGCCAACCUUUUUGUGAAGUUGGCUCGUGAAUUUAGGCUACUAGGGUAAAUCUUGUUUAGCACUUGUGUGGCUCGUGUGAUAGAACUUGAUAGCACUUCGAACCAGAGAAGAAGAUUGGUUUUACGCACAUUCAGCUAUUUAGUCUGGGAUAAAUGUUGAAUGAAGUUACCAGAAUUAUAAACGUGUACUCCCACUGAGCAAAAACAGGUUGAAUCAACGUUGUUUCCUCCUCAUUUUAACCAACAAAAAGAUAUGUGAUCAAUUUGGAAAACUGAUUGGAUUUGAAAAAAGUCAUCAAUGUAAGGGAAUUUCUUUUUUUCCCCCAUCUAACUUUUAACCUAAAUCCAAUGACAUGGUGACAUUUUUGGUUGAUUUCAUGUUGAAUUCACAUCAGUUGACAACUCAACCAAAUGUAAAUCGAAACUAGAAGUUGAACUGGUCUGUGCCCGGUGGGCUGACUAGCUUAUGUAACAUGAUCAGGUAGAACUGAAUAGGCGGGUGAUUUGUAUAAUGUCAUUUAUUAUGAAUGAGUGCGACUGGCCAAUUAGUCAGACUUGAGAUCAUGGCAGUCCUGUGCAAAUCUUGGCUUGUGCGUAAUAUCCGCGUCCUUUCUGCACCACUAGACUGGACAGCUCCAAGUGCUGAAAACAGCGCUGCAUCCCUUGCCUUCUUUCUUUUUCAAUCCCUUUUUCUCUGGCUGUCUUUACUGUACAAUGCAUCUGCUAGUUGUUAUAAUGUCCCAUUAUUUUAAUCUAUGUCUCCACAAUUAAAGAGAUGAGUGAAUAAGAUAAAAUGAGAAAAUAUUGUCACGAAUUAUGACUGUGUGUUAAACUUAUCCAUAUCGCGCCUCUCUCCGUGUGUGUGUGUGUUUCAGGUGGGCUCACCCUAUGGCUAGUGCUGUGGUUGGUGGCGGUGAAGCAAAGUGGGGCAGGGACGUGUCCAAGGCUGUGUGUGUGUUACCCAUCGCCUAUGACGGUAAGCUGCCAGUCUCAGAACUUCACCACCGUGCCCUCCGGAGUGCCCUACGACUCCCAGCGCGUCUUUCUGCAGAACAACCGCAUCACCGAGCUCAGAGCAGAUUCUUUUGGCUUCGAGACACAGGUUAGAAUGUGUGUGCUUGUGUGUACAUAAGUUAUUUUUUAAUGAGCUGUGUUUGUGUUUGUGGAUUGAUAUUGCAUAGUUUUGCAUUUAAAUGUAGUAUUUUGUUUAGUAUUUGAGCUCUGUGUGUUCGUAUCGGAGCUGUGUCCUUGCUCAUUUCUGUAACGAUCCCUUCCUAUAUACCUCUUCCCUUUUCAACCCCUCCCCCUAUAGGUUCUCUGGCUCUACUCCAAUAACAUCACACUGAUUGAGGCUGGAGCCUUCAGCAACCUGAGGGUUCUAGAAGAGCUGGACCUUGGUGACAACCCAUUACUACGGCGACUGGAGGGUGGAGCGUUCCGUGGACUGGAGAAGUUGCAGAGCCUGCACAUGCACCGCUGCAAGCUGGCCGCUCUCCCCCACGACCUCUUCCUCAAGCUCUACAGCCUGCAGUUCCUCUACCUGCAGGUAUGGAUACACACACUCAUAUAACACACACACACACACACACACACACACACACACACACACACACACACUAACAAGACAAUGUCCUCCCUCUCUGCAGGAGAACGAGCUGCACUUCAUCCAGGACGACCUCUUCUCCGACCUGGUCAACCUGAACCACCUCUUCCUGCAUGGCAACCGCAUCCGCACGCUGUCCGAGAACGUGUUUCGCGGCCUGGUCAACCUGGACCGCCUCCUGCUCCACGACAACCGAAUCCGGCAGGUGAACCGCCGUGCUUUCCGUGACCUGGGCCGUCUGACCAUCCUCUACCUGUUCAACAACUCCCUGGCAGAGCUGCCAGGCCAGGCCAUGAAAGAUGCUGUGGCAGUCCAGUUCCUCCGCCUCAACGGGAACCCCUGGUCCUGCGGCUGUGAGGCCCGCUCCCUGUGGGAGUGGUUCCGUACAGCUCGCAUCUCCUCCUCCGAGCUGAUGUGCACCUCCCCCUCCCCCCGCCGCGGACAGGACCUGCGCUUCCUCCGAGAGAUGGACUUUGCCCUUUGUCCCCUCCCCGACCCCGGGUCACUGGCCGGCACCACCACGACCACCUUCAGCACCAAGACAAGAUGGUGGUUCUCCAAGCACAAGCCCGUGGCCUCGUCCAAAGGAAUCUUCCAGAAGAGCUCGGAAACGGUCAAGGCGCACCCCUUCUCCUCGGUCAAGCCCAACCAGCCCUCCUACCCUUCCUCCACCUCCUUCUCCUCUAAGUACGAGCUGGUGGAGGAGGAGGUGAACCUGCCCAAGGUGGACCAGGAGGAGUACUGGGCCAACUACGGGAACGAAGACGCCUCUGUGCGUUGCUUCGAGCUCGAGUGCCCGCCCGGCUACGACACCCCGGUCCUCCUGCCCUCCUCCUCCUCCUCCUCCUUCUCCCCCACUCAGUCUUUCCUCCCUCUCCUCUCCCUUUCUGUACUAACCUUCUCCCUCCACCUUCUCUUUGGCUGA